UUCAGGGCCGCGCUUCCUCGCUGUCCGUGGCCCUGAUCAUCGCGUGCAUCUCGAGCAUCGCGCUGGCGCUCAUCAAGAUCACCAUCAAGCGCCACGACAACAUCAGCUCGGCCGAGUGCGUCUUCUUCGUGGGUACGGGCAUUCUGGUCAGCGUGAUGCCCACACUGUCCGACACGCUGCAGCCGUUCGGACCGGCCUCGGCCCAGAAGCGGCUGGGGGUGAGCGCCGUGCUCACCACGCUCGCCUACAUCCUCGGCUACAUGGCCGUCCAGUUCAUGUCGGUCGUCGAGGCCACCGUGGUGGCCGCCAUCACGCCCAUGACCACGUGGUUCACCAUGGUGGCCGUGCGUCGCAGGCCCUGUCACUGGGUGCUGGUGCCCGUUCUGGCCUCGUGCGUCACGGCCAUCGUGCUGGUGCUCAAGCCGCCCAUACUCGGGUUCCAGAACAAGCUUCAACGUGAAAUGGUCAUCGGAGGGUCGUGCGGCGUUGUGUCCACGCUGCUAGUCGGCGUGGAAAACGCUUUCAAGGUGAACAUGCCCGGCGUAACGCGGAUCGUGGUGCUGUUCCACCUGUCUUGCGUCAUGAUGGUGAUCUCGUUCGUCGCCGGAUCGUUGGCGGGCACCUUUAACAUCAUCCGCAGCGGCCCCGAGGUCUCCGAGUUGCUGUUUGUCGUCUACCUGUCCUACGUGUCUCACAUAUCGCUCGCCAGGCAGGUUCGCCGCGAGCACACGUGGGUGAUUCUGCUGGUGCGAAUCGUGGCCAACAUCGUGUGCGCCAUGGUUCUGGAGAGUGCGUUCGUUGACCCCGACCUCCUGGACCCGGUGCAGUGCCUGGCCGCCGUCAUGGUCGUCUUCGCCGGCGCGCUCACCACCUUGCACCUUCUCGUCGAGGGCCAGGAAAACUCGCCCCUGGUUGCCUCGCACCGAUUCCUGCAGCUCUUCACGUAGCUUAUUUAGACCAGCAGCGCUACC